AAUGAGUGUGACUGUGCCUCAGAGUGUUCCUGUACCUGUUCCACCUGCACCAAAGUGAAAGAGGAAUCCCAGGGCCAGUCCCAGCAGCUGGAGAGAGCUCUGGAUGGUGACGUGGACAACAUCACCACGCUGAUCCAUCACCACGUCCCAGAAGCCAAGCUGAUCGAGGCCAUCGGCCAGGAGCUGACCUUCCUGCUGCCCAACAAGGGUUUCAAGCACCGGGCCUACGCCUCCCUCUUCAGAGAACUAGAGGAAACACUGGGAGACAUGGGCCUCAGCAGCUUCGGCAUCUCUGACACCUCACUGGAGGAGAUCUUUCUGAAGGUGACAGCAGAUGGGGAAGAGGCAGCAGCCAAUGCCAAAACUCCAGAACAGUGGAUGUUGCUGAAGAGAACCAAAAGCUGCAGUAAAGUUGGUGUGGAGGAGGGUGAACCUGAAGAGGCUAACGGUCUGAAGCAGGCCAACGGUGGGGGUAACCAUGACGACGACAGCGCUGGGAAAGGGUCGUGUCAGGUCAAAGGAGCCAAUCUGGUCAUGCAGCAGUUUCUGGCCCUGCUGGUCAAGAGGUUUCACCAUGCUACCAGAUCAUACAAAGACUUCCUCGCACAGAUCGUCCUGCCUGCUAGCUUCGUCCUGAUAGCCCUGAUCUUCACCAUGAUCGUGCCUCCGUUCGGAGAGUACCCCCCCCUCAUCCUCACUCCCUGGAUGUAUGGAAAGCAGCUAACCUUCUUCAG